GAGGAGCGCAGCCAGCCGAUAGUUUUGUUUUGAACGGGCUCUGCGGUGACUGAGAGCUAACUUUUGUGGAGUCAAAGAAGACUUAACGCUAGCUAGCCGUUAGCUUCGGAUAAAACAGCGCAGCGAGAGACGUUAAAGAACGUUAAAGUGCCUCUUGUAGCCGCCGUGCUGUGAAGCUGGUAACGUUAGGUUGAUCAAUAUGGUGACUUUGUCAUCCGUAAUAAGACCUCUGGCUUCUCAGCUUCACCGACAGCUCGUUGGACACAUCAAGAGUCACCGGAUAACGCCUGUCAGAAGAUGCAACCUCACGGCGUGCUCCAGCAAAUAUGUGCUGUCGCAGAUGCAUCCCAUGUGGCAGGGACCCCUCGCGGUACCCGGAGGUGAUCGCCAGUCUCCCAUUGACAUUGUUGUACGGAAGAGUGUCUUUGAUUCAGAGCUGAAGCCUCUGGUCACCGAUUACGACCCAGACACCUGCCAACAAAUCUGGAAUAAUGGUUACUCCUUCCUGGUGGAGUAUGAUGACACGACAGACAAGUCCACGCUGAAAGGUGGCCCCCUGCAAGACAAAUUCAGGCUGUGCCAGUUCCACUUCCACUGGGGUGAGAGCAACGCCUGGGGGUCAGAGCACACCGUGGACAGGAGGCUUUUCCCUGCAGAGCUCCACUUGGUCCACUGGAACUCUGACAAGUACAGUCUGUUCGAGGAGGCAGUGAUGGAGGACAACGGUCUGGCUGUGAUCGGAGUCUUUCUUAAGGUGGGAAAGAGACACGAGGGGCUGCAGAAACUGGUAGACGCUCUGCCUACAAUCAGACACAAGGACAGUGUAGUGGAGUUUACGAGGUUCGACCCUGCCUGUCUGUUACCCACCAACACUGACGACUACUGGACGUACCACGGCUCUCUGACAACACCUCCCCUGACCGAGUCGGUCUCCUGGAUUGUUAUGAAGCAGCACAUUGAAGUCAGCCAUGAUCAGCUGGCGGUUUUCCGGAGCCUCCUGUUCACCUCAGCUGAAGAGGAGGUACAGAAGAGUAUGGUGAACAACUUCCGCGUGCAGCAGCCUCUUCGCGGUCGCACCGUCCGCUCUUCCUUCACUCCCUUCCUACAGGAGGCGCCAUCAGCUGAUGGCGACAAACACACCCACUGACGCAACUGGACCCAGUACACCCACACACACACACACACACACACACACACACACACACACACACACACACACACACACACACACACACACACACACUCUGACACAGUAUUACACACAAUGAACAUCAACAUACCCACAAACACUACUCUGUGAGCAAGUGUCUGUGUUCUCUCAUUUUUCUUUAUUCCAUCUCAACACAAUGUCGUUCAUUAGCAUUUCGAGCAGAAAUUCUACUGUAAAGUUUCUACAGAGAAACUUCAUGCGGUUCUUUCACAGAGCGAAUGGAUGUUUUAAUUGCAAACAGUGAACAGUUUUACAUGGAGGAUGUAGGGAGACUUCACUUUCUGGGUAGUUGAGAUUUUAGUUUUCUUGACAUUUUUCAGAUUUCGGUUUGACUGUUUCAGACCAAUAACCAUAAGGGAUGGUUGCUGUGGGGAAAAUAUGUAGUUUUUACUGAUUUUUUUAUUAAGGUGAAUCAUAUUUAUCAUACAUAUACAGUUUAUUCAGUUACUGUACAUGAGUUUGUACAGCUGCAGCUCCGUGCAGAGAAAUGCACCGAAGCUGGAAGUAGAAACUCAGUAGCCUUCAAUACUACACGAGCGUCUGCUCUGUCUUCCUGCUGGUGAUGUUUUUACCAUGUAAGGACGGUGGAGCUGCUGCCGGUUUACACAACAGCAACCAAGAGAUUUUUAACAGACUGGAGUUGUGUCUCCAGUAGAAUACUUAAUUUAUCUAAUAUCAUCAAGUGCUUUUUUUUUUUUUUUUACAACAAUAUCACUUUUUUAAAAUCCUGCAUUGUUGGUUGUUGGCUUUAUCCUUGAUUUUAUCAUUUAAACAUUAAGAUGAAUCGAAUGUACGUUUUCUUCAUCUGUUACCAAGAGAUUAUAUUGUAUACAGUACAUCUGACAUUCAUAAAAGUUAUAUAGUUAUUUUUUGGGCAUAUUUGCUUUUAUUUUGAGAGCUAGAGUGGAGAGAAACAGGAAAGGCAGGGCACAGAGACAAGGUAUGACAUGUGCAGCGGCAAGGACUCAGCCUUAAUAUCAGUUGAGCCACCGGUGCCCCCCUCAUAAGCCUUUGUUUCUUACAUUACAUGAGGUUUAAUACUCCACUGAGCCUUGGUUCUUCUCUCCACAACCUGUUAAACAUGUUACUAAUACGCACAAACAUGCCGGGUUACUGUAGCACAUGUACUUUAAGAAACCUCUAAUUGAAAUAAGUAUUUAUCUUCCAUUACUUAUUGUACUGUCUAGCACCAUAACCACAGUGCCUUAAAUGUUCUCUGUGUAACUCACUGCCCCUGGCAGAGUUUCCACAACACAACAGAACAGAAUGAUCCGAUCCACACCUGUUCCAUUAAAUUGCUGUUCAAGUAAAGUGGUUGCUUCAAUGAGCUCAGGAACAUCGUAGAAGAAUCCAGUGAACUUUUCCCUGACUAAACUUUGAGGUCGACUGAUUGAAUCAGGUUUUGUUAUUGGGAGGGAACUGCUGUCUUCAUGAGUCCCUCUGGUUUUGUUGUUUUUCUUUCGUCCCUUGUGUUUAUUUUUAUUUGAGGCGGAAGACUAAGAUUUAUUAAAGUAACACAAUAGGACAAAUUCAGUUUUACUGUGUUGGGUUAAAGAGUUGUAGAAUCUCUUAACUCGUCUAAGCUGCUUUUAUGUUUUUAAAAUUUUAGUCAUAAACACAAAAGGUACUACCACGAAUAACUGUGGCAGACACUGGGGAGACUUCCUGAGGGAUAGAAAGGUGACACAGUGGGACCAACUGUCUACAACAACAACAACAACAACAACUAUUUGAGCUACUUAAACUUUAAAAGCUCUAAACUAUGGAAACCGAAUGCUCCUCAGUGUAUGAUUUUUAACUUAAUCCAGACUUUGUUGUGACAACAGAGAAGACACAGCGCAGAUGAGUAUAAUAAAGAGCAAGCUUAUGCAACCCUGCAUCAGAUAAAGAAGUCUGACAGUUCGCCUGCUCUUGCUCUCCUUCAACAGUAGAGGUGCUCUCUGUGCAUCUUACUAUGCAGCACUAUUAUAAAGAGAGAGGAGGGAGAGGCAGCCAGAUAGAAAGACAGGAGAAGAGAAGGAGGAGAGGAGCACACACAUAAUAUGAAAGAACCCGUUUAGUUUCACCUCACAUCUGAAACAUUGCACUACAAACCAGAAAACCAUUUCAAAUCUGGCCACAUUUAACACUAUUCAAGAGUGAAGGUUUCCUCCAUUAGUGCACAGUUGCGUUGAGGCAGGGGCGGGAGGUCACAGUUGUCUUUACAAUCCCGCUGUAACAAUGCAACUGUCCAAACCGGCCCCUCCACGUCUUUUGAAAUAGCUACCCCACUUCCCCCUCCCCUUUACGGACGCUCACAUCAGGCACCCACCCCCCCCCACCCCCCCUGCUCCGUCACCCCAGUAGGUCUUCCAUCGAUUCCCCACUUGAGGCCAGGCAUGAAGCUGCACUGAAUAGACUGACUGGAUAUGUAUUGAAAAGAUCUGAUGCUAUGUGAUGUGCACUGAGGGACGUUAAUUCAUUGUGAAUGCUGUGGACUCAUUACAUAAAUACAGAGGGGGCCACAAGGGG